UUUUCCGAUCACUGCAAACGAUGUCCCUUUAUCGAUUACUUUUACUCGCACGUGUUUACAAAUUUGUGUAGAAGCACUUGGAAUUUAACGUCGCUGCAACGCCAUUGUGAAUUUAGAAAAGCAGAGAGGCCUCCAAAGGAUUGAUGGAUCACGAAUACGCUGGCGUUAACGCUAUGGGCGUUGGGGAGGCCAAGGUUGAGGCCCCUAACGCGGUUAUCCUGUGCUGCGAGUGCGGAGUGGCCAUCCAGCCGAACCCAGCCAACAUGUGCGUCACCUGCCUCCGCAACCAUGUCGACAUUACGGAGAACAUUCCGAAGCAGGCGGUGCUCCACUUCUGCCGCAACUGCGAGCGCUACCUGCAGCCGCCGAACGAGUGGAUCCAGGCCUCCCUGGAGUCCCGCGAGCUCCUGGCCGUCUGCCUCAAAAAGCUGAAGGGCCUUAAGGACGUGAAGCUGGUGGACGCGGGCUUCAUAUGGACGGAACAGCACUCGAAGCGCAUCAAGGUAAAGUUGACCGUGCACGGCGAGAUUACCGGAGGGACGGUUCUGCAGCAGGUCUUCGUUGUGGAGUUCACGGUGCAGAAUCAGAUGUGCAACGACUGCCACCGCACCGAGGCCAAGGACUUUUGGCGCUGCCUGGUGCAGGUGCGUCAGCGGGCGGAGAACAAAAAGACCUUCUACUACCUGGAGCAGCUGAUCCUUAAGCACAAGGCCCACGAGAACACUCUGGGCAUCAAGCCCGAACACGGCGGUCUGGACUUCUUCUACGCCAGCGAUAACCAUGCGCGCCGAAUGGUGGACUUUCUGCUGACAAUGGUGCCCGGCAAGGUGACCACCUCGAAGCGUCUCAUCUCGCACGAUAUCCACAGCAACAACUAUAACUACAAGUACAACUGGUCGGUGGAGAUAGCUCCGGUUUCGAAGGACAGUGCAGUUUGCCUGUCCAAGAAGCUGCGCCACCAGCUGGGUAAUCUCUCGCCGUUGGUCCUGGUCAACCGGGUGUCCAGCAGCAUUCACCUGAUCGACCCAAUGACAGCACAGAUUGCAGAGCUCACAUCGCAGGUGUACUUCAGAGCUCCUUUUGAGGCCAUUUGUAAUCCCAAGCAGCUGGUUGAGUAUGUCGUCAUGGACAUCGAUGUGAUCAUGGAGAAGGACCGUAAGACUUAUCCCGGCCAGGGGCAGGUCUCCUUCAAGCACGCCCUCUGCGACAUCUGGGUGGUGCGUGCCUCAGAACUGGGCAUCAACGAUAACCCCAUCCACACACGCUCCCACUUGGGACACCUGCUCAAGGUUGGCGAUUCUGUGAUGGGCUACAACACCGGCGAGGCCAACAUCAACGACCAGGAGUUCGAGAAGCUGUCGCCAGAGCAAAUUCCAGAUGUGAUCCUGGUGCGCAAGCACUACGAUCGCCAGACCAGGCUUAGCCAGCGCGUGUGGAAGAUCAAGCAUCUGGCGGCGGAGGCCACCGAUGAGCGCAGCAAGUACGACUACCACGAGUUCCUCGACGAUCUUGAGGAGAACGAGGACAUCCGCGGCCAGGUAAACAUCUACCGGGACAGCAACAAGACGAUACCGAUCGAGGCGCAGGCCGCUGGCGGGGACGUGCCCCAGAUUACGCUGGAGGAGAUGUUGGAGGACAUGACGCUCGAGUGCGCUGACGACGAAAUGGGCGAAGGGGAAGGGGCCGAAGAGGCCGAGCCACAGUUGUAGUUUUUUUUAUUUAUACCACGCUUUUUUUUACUCAUGUAUGCCUUGUACAUAUUCGCUUGAUUCACGUAAACAACUAGGAAACUAGAGGAAACCUAA